AUGGCGGCUUUCGCCAUGUUAUAUUUGUUGAAAGGAUUCGUGGCUGGAUCCCAGUCUUUUCGGCUGAGAGUUGGCAAAGAAUCCAAGUACUGGUCAACGAAUCAGGACCAGAGAUUGCCACGGCUCAGGAGCUGGCUCUUGGCUCCGGCUCUGAGCGGCUCCGGCUCCGAGCCGGGAGCCAGAGCCGGAGCCGGAAAUUUUGGGUGCGGCUCCGGCUCCCGAGCCCAAAGUCGGAGCCAGGCUUCUCAGCGUUCAGAAAAGUAA